CUUUAUUUGAUUUGAUUAUAUUUUGUACUCGUGAGAACGUAGUUUUAAUUUAUGAAGUCGUUUCAACUAAAAAUACGCACAAUAUUGUGCGAAAAUCAGCAAGGCUUAGCUGAAGUAUGAAUACUUCGCCGGCGGCGUUCCUUUCGCCGUCAAUCUUAACCAUCGCCUCUGAUAAUCAUUCUCCGUGUCUCUCACCUUUUAGUGGGAGACUGGUAAAAGAGAGAAGGAGGCUUGUUUUGCUUUCCUCUUUAACCGCAAAGCGUGCUCUUUUCGGUGGGUUAUCUAUUUGUUCUGCUUCGUUUUCUGUCUCUUCGACUACUGCUGCUACUCUGUUCAUAGGGAAUAGGAAUACAAAAUGUCAGGCCGUCGGAGAAAGUUCAUCGUCUCACUCCGAUUCAAAGGUAGUUUAUCAAGGCAUUUAUGGUCCGUGGGAGGUCGAAGACUCUGACGUCCGGGAGGUUAUCCUAUAUAGAUUAGGAUCAGUGAUGGCUGCUGUUUCAUUUGUUCUUGCAUCCUCGGCAGUUUUGCUUCCGGACAAUUCCUUAAUAAGGGAUUUUAUUGAGAUAAACCUUGAUGUCCUUUACGUGCUUGGAGCAAGUGGAUUGGGUCUUUCUCUCUAUUUUAUUCACAUCUAUGUAACUCAAAUCAAAAGCAUACUCCAAGCACUUUGGAUGUUAGGUGUUUUUGGAUCAUUGACCACAUAUUAUGUGCUUGCUCAACCUGCCCACUGCAGUUUAGUACAAUAUAUUAUUGAAAAUCCAACAACUGUCUGGUUUGUGGGCCCUCUCUUUGCUUCACUAACCGGGCUCGUCUUCAAGGAAGGGCUUUGCUAUGGAAAGCUGGAAGCUGGAAUUCUCACAUUCAUUAUCCCGUUACUCCUUCUAGGACACCUGACUGAGUUGAUGGAUGAUGGAAUAAAAGUUACCCUACUGGGUGUUUGGGUGACACUUUUUCUAGUGUUUGCAGGAAGAAAGUUUACACAACCAAUAAAGGAUGAUAUAGGAGAUAAAUCUGUCUUCAUAUUCAAUUCUCUAGCAGAAGAAGAGAAGGCAGCAGUGAUUGAGAAACUUGGGUUGGAGAAGCAUCUAUAAGAACUCAAACCAGUACAACCGCCUUAUCAUUUUAGGACAGUAAUGUGAGCUGUCUUUAUGAAUAUGAUUUACCCAUUGUUGAUGCAAUUUAGAAGAUAAUGUAUAUUAGAAGCACUGAGACUUGUUGAAAUGGUUUGACCGUUUGAGCAACCAAUUGAACAUAAAUAUCUAAUAGAGUAGAUUGAAAGUAUAUGGAUUUUGACAUCAAUAAUACUAAAUAAAAAGUCAUGGACAC